CAAACUUAUUUGAUUUUAUGACGUCAUCAAUUCUAUGACGCUGCAUUUAUUUACAUGCUCACAAGAAUAGCAUGUUUAUACUGUAAGUCAAGUAUUCUCUAGAAAGAUUAUUACCUACGACAAUGUCAUCUAGUGGGAGUAGCGGUUCAAGCAAAUCGUCAAUGGACCCUGAGAAAGGAAAACCUCAAAAGGAUUCGUCUAAGAAAAAAUCUUGUUUUCUUGUGAGACCUUUAGUGAAAUUCUUUACCUCUGAACCAGAACAAUACCACACAUGGAAGAUGUUCAUUGGAUUUCCAUUUGGAGCCAUACUUGGCUACGGGCUAUACAGAUUAGUCAUUCUCCCUAUGGACCUAGGAGAAGAUACAAGGCAACUGCUCGGAGCCGUCCUGGUGUUCGGAAUAUCUGCCGGUUUCUCUCUCUCGGUCCACUUCCGGUGUGUCUGCCUAUUACUGGUUCCAACAUUUAUGGGAAAGGCUGGUCGGUCGUACCUUGGAGCAUUUGCCAUGGUUUUUCUUAUAGCAGGGCCGGUAGAAAACAUUGUUGACAACGCACAAGACAUCACAAGAUCACUGACAUGUGCUGCACAACUAGCUGCAAAUCAUACAAAGGCGAAAUGGAAGUUCCGAUUACAACCGGUUGGAAAUGUAAUGAAAGAUAUGGCUGAAGAGGGAUGGAUGCUGAACAAACUGGGGAAGAAAGUUAACAAGGCGUUUGUUCCAGUGAGAGCCGAGAUCCGUGGAGAUACGGGCAUAAAAGAAAUGGAGUUCCGAACCAGAAAAGAAGAUAAACUAGAGGGCGGAAAGCUGAACAGGGCAGGAAAAAUUGAUGCGGAAAGUAAAAAUGGACCAAAUGAUAAGAAAUCAAAGAAAGUUGAAAAUAAGUACAAAAAGAAGAUAAAGUUAGAGUGUGAAGAUAUAUAUAACAAAGCUAUGAAGGAAUGUCGGAAAGUUUUUGAUCGUUUAGAAGAUAGAUGCAGGGACAAGAUUCCAGAACCAUUAGAUGGAGUUUUAUGCCCGCUGGUCAAUGUUGGAUUCCUGUGCAAACUUGUUGAACCUCUGGGAAGGGCACUAGGUGGCGAAUGUAAGCCGAGUGAGAUUAUCAGACCAUCAUUUGGGAAAAUGUAUCAAAAGUCCGAAGAGUCUGUUCAGGAUAUGGAUCAGGGAUUUGAAGUUAAAAUGCAGUACAAGGUAGUCAAGGGCAAAGAAGACGUUGACUACACAUCUAUAGAAGAAAUGCGUAGUAAUACCAUGCAUGAUUUUAAACAAGGACGAUACUGGUUGAACUUAGCUUUGGUUCUGAUCAAGAGAUUGUUAGGUUUCACGUUUCUCCUGGUUAUAAUAAGCGCUUAUAAAUAUCGCAAGAAGUAUACAAAUGAUAUACGUUUUGACAACAUAUAUAUAACAUCGUACUUCCGGAAGAUAGAUGCUCGCCGUAUGUUAAAG